AACCUAUUCAAGAUGACAAGAAUUUUGACAGCUUGCAAAGUGGUGAAGACUUUGAAAGACGGAUUUGAGUUUUGCAAUGUAGCUGCUCAUCAUCACUGGCGUUUGGCAAGGACUGGUACCAGAUUUUUAAGUGUCAAGGCACAGACGGCAAACUUGGUGCUAGAUGAUGGAACAAAGAUGAAGGGUUAUUCCUUUGGCCAUCCGUCGUCCGCAGCUGGUGAAGUUGUCUUCAACACUGGUCUUGCUGGGUACACUGAAACCCUGACAGAUCCCAGCUACCGGGGGCAGAUUCUCACAAUGGUUAACCCCAUUGUAGGCAAUGGUGGGGUGCCAGACACUGCUGCCUUGGAUGAAAUGGGCCUCAGCAAGUUUUUAGAGUCUGAUGGAAUCAAGGUUUCAGGUUUGCUGGUGCUGGAUUACAGCAAUGACUACAGUCACUGGCGGGCAGUCAAAACUCUGGGACAGUGGCUGCAAGAAGAAAAGGUGCCUGCCCUGUGUGGGAUUGACACAAGGAUGCUGACUAAAAUCAUUCGGGGCAAGGGCACAGUCCUGGGGAAGAUUGAAUUUGAAGGUCAGCCUGUGGAGUUUGUAGAUCCAAAUAAGCGGAACCUGAUUGCAGAUGUUUCAACCAAGGAAGUCAAGGUGUAUGGCAAAGGGAAUCCAAUUAAAGUUGUAGCUGUGGACUGUGGGUUAAAGAACAACGCUAUCCGUUUGCUAGUAAAGCGAGGUGCGGAGGUGCAUUUGGUCCCAUGGAAUCAUGAUUUCACUGGGAUGGAGUACGAUGGGCUUUUUCUUUCUGGCGGCCCUGGAGAUCCAAUGCAGGCACAGGAGCUGAUUCAGAAUCUUCAGAAGGUCUUGAAGAGUGAUUGCAAGGAGCCGUUGUUUGGAGUCAGCAUGGGGAAUCUGAUAACUGGAAUAGCAGCUGGAGCUACAUCCUACAAGAUGCCCAUGGCCAACAGAGGUCAGAAUCAGCCAGUUGUGAACCUGUCGAACGGACAAGCUUUCAUUACCGCACAGAACCACGGCUAUGCACUUCACAGCAACACCCUUCCUGCUGGCUGGAAACCUCUUUUUGUGAAUGUCAAUGAUCAAACAAAUGAGGGAAUUAUGCACGAGACCAAACCAAUUUUCACAACACAGUUUAACCCGGAGGCCAGUGCGGGGCCAACAGAUACAGAGUUCCUAUUCGAUUCGUUCAUUUCACUGAUCAAGAAGGGAAAAGGUACAACUGUUGCCUCAGUGCUGCCCAAGGCCACAACUGUAGCUUCUAGGCUUGAGGUUUCCAAAGUUCUCAUCUUAGGAUCUGGAGGUCUGUCAAUUGGUCAGGCAGGGGAAUUCGAUUACUCUGGGUCACAGGCUGUUAAGGCCAUGAAGGAAGAAAAUGUGAAGACUGUCCUGAUGAACCCCAAUAUUGCCUCAGUCCAGACCAAUGAGGUUGGCUUAAAGCAGGCUGACACGGUCUACUUCCUCCCCAUCACCCCACAGUUUGUCACAGAGGUCAUCAAAGCAGAAAGACCAGAUGGGUUAAUUCUAGGCAUGGGUGGCCAGACAGCUCUCAACUGCGGAGUGGAGCUGUUCAGACGAGGAGUUUUGAAGGAGUAUGGAGUGAAGGUCCUGGGGACGUCCGUCGAAGCCAUCAUGGCCACUGAGGACAGGCAACUGUUUUCUGACAAACUGACUGAGAUUAAUGAGAAGAUCGCUCCCAGCUUUGCCGUGGAAUCGAUUGAAGAUGCUUUGAACGCAGCAGAAAAGAUCGGCUACCCAGUCAUGAUACGCUCUGCCUAUGCUCUGGGUGGACUAGGGUCGGGUAUAUGUCCUGACAAAGAGAGACUGUUGGAUCUUGGGACCAAGGCAUUUGCAGUGACCAACCAAAUUCUAGUGGAGAGGUCCGUUGUUGGCUGGAAGGAGAUAGAGUAUGAAGUCGUGAGAGAUGCAUCUGAUAACUGUAUCACCGUCUGUAAUAUGGAAAAUGUUGAUGCUAUGGGAGUUCAUACUGGAGAUUCCAUUGUAGUGGCUCCCAGCCAGACACUGUCCAAUGAGGAAUUUCAGAUGCUGAGGGAAAGUGCCAUCAAAGUCGUCCGACACUUGGGCAUCGUGGGGGAAUGCAACAUCCAGUAUGCCCUGCAUCCCACCUCCCUGGAGUACUGCAUCAUUGAGGUCAAUGCCAGGCUCUCCAGAAGCUCUGCCUUGGCAUCCAAGGCCACAGGGUACCCAUUAGCAUUUAUUGCUGCCAAAAUCGCCCUGGGAAUCCCCUUGCCGGAGAUCAAGAAUGUAGUAUCAGGAAAAACUUCUGCCUGCUUUGAGCCCAGCCUGGAUUACAUGGUUGCCAAGAUACCUCGCUGGGACCUGGACCGCUUUCAGGGCACCUCUAGCCAGAUUGGAAGCUCCAUGAAGAGCGUGGGAGAGGUCAUGGCUAUCGGGCGCACCUUCGAAGAGUGCUUUCAGAAGGCCCUGAGAAUGUGCCACCCGUCUGUGGAUGGCUUCACAUCACGUCUGCCAAUGAAUAAAGAGUGGCCGGCCAACUUAGAUCUCCAGAAAGAACUAGCUGACCCCUCCAGCAUUCGAGUCUAUGCAAUAGCCAAGGCCUUGCAUGACGGUGUCCCUGUGGAUGAUAUUCACAAACUCACAGCCAUUGACAAAUGGUUCAUCUAUAAGAUGCGGGAUAUUGUGCACAUGGAGAAAAGCCUGAAGGAACUCAGCAGUGAGUCAAUUCCAGAAGAAACAAUGAGGAGGGCCAAACAGAUCGGCUUCUCGGAUAAGCAGAUUGGGAAAUGCCUUGGAGUAACCGAGGCCCAGAGCCGGGAGCUGAGGCUGAAGAAGAACAUAAAACCUUCAGUGAAACAGAUUGACACGCUGGCAGCAGAAUACUCUGCAAUAACGAACUACCUCUACGUCACAUACAACGGGCAGGAGAAUGAUGUAAAAUUUGAUGACCGUGGAAUGAUGGUGUUGGGCUGUGGACCGUAUCACAUAGGCAGCAGCGUGGAGUUUGAUUGGUGUGCUGUCUCCAGCAUCCGCACGCUGCGUCAGCUGGGCCACAAGACUGUUGUGGUGAAUUGCAACCCGGAGACAGUGAGCACAGAUUUUGAUGAAUGUGACAGACUGUACUUCGAGGAGCUGUCAUUGGAGAGGAUCCUGGACAUCUACCAACACGAGGAAUGUGCUGGCUGCAUUAUCUCUGUUGGAGGGCAAAUCCCCAAUAACCUGGCAGUGCCAUUGUACAAGAACGGAGUUAAAAUCAUGGGCACUAACCCUAUGCAGAUUGACCGAGCAGAAGACCGCUCCGUAUUCUCAGCUGUUCUGGAUGAGCUGAAUGUGGCUCAGGCACCCUGGAAGGCAGUUAGCACUUUGAAAGAUGCUGUUGAAUUUGCAAACUCCGUGGGCUACCCAUGUUUGCUGAGACCUUCUUACGUUUUGAGCGGGUCUGCAAUGAAUGUGGUAUUCACAGAAGAGGAGAUGAAGAAGUUCUUAGCAGAAGCCACCAGAGUCUCCCAGGAGCACCCAGUUGUACUCACAAAAUUCAUCGAGGGAGCCCGAGAGGUGGAAAUGGAUGCUGUCGCCAAGGCUGGAAAAGUUGUCUCACAUGCUAUCUCUGAGCAUGUGGAGGAUGCAGGAGUUCACUCUGGAGAUGCCACCCUGAUGUUGCCCACGCAGACUAUUAGCCAAGGAGCCUUGGAGAAAGUGAAAAUUAUCACCAAAAAGAUUGCACGUGCCUUUUCCAUCUCUGGCCCAUUCAAUGUUCAGUUCCUGGUCAGAGGAAACGAUGUCUUGGUGAUAGAGUGCAACCUGCGGGCUUCACGCUCCUUCCCCUUUGUGUCCAAGACGAUUGGCGUGGACUUCAUUGAUGUGGCCACAAAGGUGAUGAUUGGAGAAAAGAUUGAUGAGUCAUCCCUGCCUACACUGGAACGGCCCAUUAUCCCUUCUGAAUAUGUCGGGAUUAAGGCUCCAAUGUUCUCCUGGCCCCGACUGAGAGAUGCUGACCCUAUUCUCCGAUGUGAGAUGGCUUCCACUGGGGAGGUUGCUUGCUUCGGGGAGAGCAUCCAUUCUGCCUUCCUGAAGGCAAUGCUUUCCACAGGAUUUAAGUUUCCACAGAAGGGAAUUCUGGUUGGAAUCCAGCAUUCCUUCCGUCCCAAAUUCCUUGGUGUAGCAGAGCAGCUGCAUGAAGAAGGUUUCAAGCUUUAUGCCACAGAGGCAACUUCCAACUGGCUCAAUGCCAACAGCGUACCUACAACUCCAGUGGCCUGGCCAUCCCAGGAAAGCCACACUACCAACCUCCCUGCAAUCAGGAGAUUGAUAAAAGAUGGGAACAUAGACCUGGUGAUUAACCUCCCCAACAGCAACACCAAGUUCGUCCAUGAUAAUUAUGUGAUCCGCAGGACGGCUGUUGACAGUGGGAUUGCUCUUCUCACUAACUUCCAGGUGACAAAGCUUUUUGCUGAAGCCAUCAAAUACUCUGGGAAAGUGGAUGCUAAGAGUCUUUUCCACUACAGAAAAUUAAAUACCAGCAAUCCACCAUAGAAGAGGCUCCACCAGCGUGAAAUCCAAGUCUUCUCAUACCAGGAUAAAGGAGGAAUCCCAAUCCUGGUUGCUGAGACCAUCUGUCCAGCCCAUAUUUGGUUAUUUACAUCUUUGUAACUUACAGAGGAGACACAGUAACUCUAUACUAACAAUUCCCAGUCAGCCUCCCCGCUCAAGAUGUUUGUUGGAAAACAUUAUCUAUUCCUUCCCUGUUUGCGGCUAAUAUUCACUACCCGGUAGAUUGGUAGAUCCAGACCCUACUAUGCUGGAGGAGACAGAAGAAAAAGUAUAUGGUCCUACACAUCAGUGGUUAACUCUGACUUUUUAUAAUAAUUCCUUGAAGGUUCUUUCUGUGUUCGCCUUAGACAGUCCCUGCCACACUCAGGUGCAAGUGCUACACCCCACCUCAUGGAACGGUCAUGUAGUUUUUGUCUGUUUCCUAUUGUUGACUAUCAACAUCUUUGUGACUUUCUCCUUUAUAAUACUCAAACCUGAUGCUAUUGCAGUUGCCUGCCAU